AUGAAUAUCAGGAGCACUGCUCCCAAAAAGGAGGGAAAGAUGCGUAUACGUGCCUUUCCGGCCUCUAUGGAUGAAAAGUACGUCGAGACAAUAUGGGCUAGUUUAAAAAAUGCCAUUCAAGAAAUCCAAAAGAAAAAUAAUUCGGGUCUCUCUUUUGAACAACUCUAUCGUAAUGCUUACAAUAUGGUUCUACAUAAGCACGGUCACCGCCUGUAUUUCGGCUUACGCGAUGUGGUUAAGGAGCAUUUGGAAGAGAAGGUUCGCAAAGACGUAUUAGAAAGUUUGCACAACAAUUUCCUGCCGAAACUCAAUCAAGCUUGGACCGAUCACCAAACUUCAAUGGUUAUGAUACGUGACAUUUUAAUGUACAUGGAUCGUGUCUACGUACAGAACAGAGAUGUAGAAAAUGUCUACAAUUUAGGUUUGAUUCUGUUCAGAGAUGAGAUUGUUCGUUAUUCUGACAUACAAAAAGCGUUGCGUGACACUUUGUUGGGUAUGGUUAUAGAUGAACGCAGCGGCGAAGCUAUCAAUCAUUUGGCCAUUAAAAACGCUUGUCAAAUGUUGAUGGCUUUGGGUAUUAAUUCGCGUUCUGUAUAUGAAGAUGACUUUGAAAAGCCUUUUCUGGCUCAAUCUGCUUCAUUCUAUAAAUUUGAGUCACAGAAGUUCUUAGCUGAGAACAACGCUAGUGUUUACCUAAAGAAAGUUGAAGCACGCAUCCAAGAAGAAUCUGCACGCGCGGCUUUGUACUUAGACAAGGACACAGAGCCGCGUAUUGUUAGAGUCGUCGAAGACGAACUAAUUAAAAAGCACAUGCGCACUAUCGUCGAAAUGGAAAAUUCUGGCGUGGUGUAUAUGAUAAAGAACUCUAAGACCGAAGAUUUGGCCUGCACGUAUAAACUGUUUUCUCGACUAAAGGAAGAGGGUUUAAAAGUCAUAGCCGACACAAUGUCCGCCUAUUUGCGGGAGCAGGGCCGCAUUCUUGUUAAGGAAGAAGAGAACGGCAAUACGAAUCCUAUAACUUUUGUUCAAAAUUUAUUGGAUCUUAAGGAUCGUUUUGAUCAGUUCCUUCAUCAUUCAUUCAAUAAUGAUCGGCUCUUCAAAAAUGUCAUCUCGUCUGAUUUUGAGCAUUUUUUGAAUUUGAAUAAUAAGUCGCCGGAGUAUUUAUCGCUCUUUAUAGAUGAUAAAUUAAAAAAGGGCGGCAAAGGUAUGACUGAACAAGAAAUUGAAACUAUAUUAGAUAAAACCAUGGUUCUGUUUCGGUUUUUACUGGAAAAGGAUGUGUUUGAACGUUAUUAUAAGACACAUUUAGCUAAGCGUCUACUGCUCAAUAAAUCAGUUUCAGACGACUUUGAAAAAAACAUGAUUUCCAAGUUGAAGACUGAAUGCGGGUGUCAAUUUACUUCGAAGUUAGAGGGCAUGUUUAAAGAUAUGUCUGUGUCCAACACCAUCAAUGAAGAAUUUAAAACCUAUGUAAAUAAUCAUAAAUUAUCAUUAUCUGGUGUUGAGUUGACAGUUAGAAUACUUACCACGGGUUUUUGGCCUACACAGACCUCAACACCUAAUUGCAAUAUACCGUCUGCACCACGAGAAGCUUUUGAGAUUUUUAAAAAAUUCUAUCUAGACAAACAUUCAGGGCGUCAGUUGACCUUGCAACCCCAAAUGGGAUCGGCUUGCAUAAAUGCUGUCUUCUAUGGCCGUAAGGUAGAAAACGAUAAAGAUAAAGAUGGGCCUAGUUCAAGCUUGUCGUCUAGCACGAACGGUUGCAUUAUACCCACCACAACGCGUAAACAUAUACUAACGGUGUCUACGUACCAGAUGUGUGUACUGAUGCUAUUCAAUAACCGAGAAAUCAUGACAUAUGAAGAAAUUCAACAAGAGACGGAUAUACCAGAACGUGAACUGCAUAGAGCUCUGCAAUCGCUGUCAAUGGGAAAACCGUCUCAGCGUUUACUAGUACGCAACUCUAAAACAAAGACUAAAGAUAUUGAAGCUACAGAUGAGUUUCUGGUAAAUGAUGCUUUUGUUUCGAAAUUCCACAGAGUUAAAAUUCAAACCGUGGCUGCUAAGGGAGACUCGGAACCUGAACGCAAGGAGACAAGAGGUAAGGUAGAUGAAGAUCGUAAACAUGAAAUUGAGGCGGCUAUCGUGCGAAUAAUGAAGGCCAGAAAACGCAUGCCGCAUAAUCUUUUAGUGUCUGAUGUGACGUCUCAAUUAAAGUCACGGUUCUUGCCGUCACCUGUAUUGAUUAAGAAACGAAUAGAAGGCCUUAUUGAACGAGAAUAUUUGGCGAGAACACCUGAAGAUCGCAAAGUUUAUGUUUAUUUGGCUUAAACGCUAACUCAGCAAUGUAAACUCUCAAAAUUUAACUAUUUAUCCCCUAUAGAAACACCGUACUCACACUUAUCCGCUACCAUUGCCACAACAUUUAAUACGUCUGCUCCUACUUUAAAUUCAUGGCGACAUGUUAAGAGAUGCUAGUCCGGGGUUGAAGCGAUAAAAAUUCGCUAGAUAUAACUUCUACUCAUUAACACGUUGUAGAAAUAGUUGUUGUGUUCAACAUCUAAUAAUUAGCUGAUGAUCAAAAAAAAAAAACUAUAUUGUAAAAAAUUAAUACGGAAUCUAUAUUAUUAUUAUACGUACUGCAGUAAAACACAACAUUAUACAGCAACAUUGACACACUACAACAAUCAAGCACUCUCUUCCCAUAUCCGCCCGGUAUCAUGAAUUUGAGGAGAAUUUCUUGAGGGGUUUGUGUAAUUGUCCUGAAAUAUUUCACUUACUACUACUAUAAUAUUUGGACCUCUUCUGCUAGGCUUCUUUGUAAUUCUUCUCUUCAUAAAUAUGAGUUGAACUACAUUCAAGUGAGUCUUUUCCUCUUUUGCAUAUUUUCUGUGUAUUCAUUCCAUCAUCUUUAAUGAGAACAGAGAAAAUUAUUUUGCCGCCAGUGUGUCUUUCCUUCUUUUCCUAUAUUCAUUCGGUAAAUCAGUUUUAAAAAAAAAAGAAGGGAAUUAAUAAAUUUAUAAUGUGUACGAAAAAUUAGUUAAACAAAACAAUUCAGUCUAUAAAUGUCUUCAAUGCGAAUUCAAAAAACAUGACGCAGUACACUCUUCCUCGCUCAAGCAAUAGCAAACUUAUUGAAUUUUUUCAAUAAAAGUGUCUUGAUUCAAUCAAAUUUACGCUAUCGUCACCACCACGCCGCCAUUAGUACCAUCAACAUCAUUCAUUUAUAUCCUCAUUUCUUCUCCACCUCAAUGCCCCCGAACACAGAAAAUUUAAACA